AUGGGGUCAGUCGCCAACUUCAGCCUCUGCCUCCUCGGCUGCCUGAUCUUUAACCCCGCGCUGGAAGCUGCUCCCCACACUGUCCUCUCUCCCCGUCUUGGACGAGGAAUACGGACCACAUCCUGUCGUCGUGGCUGGCUGCACUACAACUACCAAUGCUAUAGGUUCUUCCCCGAAAAGAAGACCUGGUCAGAAGCUGAGGUGCAGUGUCAGCAUCACCGCAGGGGGUCCCAUCUCGCCUCCAUUCUCACUGAAGCAGAAGGGAACAUGGUGGCCAACUAUAUCACCCGGUCAGGCUCCAAGGAUUACGUCUGGAUCGGCCUCCAUGACCCCGACAAGGACAGAACCUGGACAUGGACAGAUGGCUCCCUGUAUCGCUACAAAGCUUGGAUAGCUGGAGAACCACGCGACCUGAACAACGAGUACUGCACUGAGCUGCUGAAAUACAGGGGUUUUAAGGAAUGGAACAAUGUUAGCUGUGCAUCAAAAAAUGCCUUCAUUUGCAAGUAUGAACUCUAGUGAGGGGAGUCACACGCCUGCGCCUGAAGAGAGAGCUCAGCGCCUGGGAUGCAAAAGAACUGGGCUCCUUGGGCAUGAUCAGGCAAUGUCCCAGACUUUCCGAUGCCUUUGCUGCAUCGAGGGCCUGUCCCCUCCCUCCCUGAGAGACCAGAUCGCACUUCCCGAGCUGCAAACUCUCUUCCCCCAAGUGUGUCUGUUCUAGUUACACGCCUGCCCCUUCCCUCCCUUCCCUUCAGUGGCUGCAGCC